CCGGGUCAGAGGUGAGGCUGUGGACGGUGGCCGCCCCUCACCCGGAGCCCGCGGCAGGGACGGCGCGGCGGCGGCGGCCGCUAUCCGCCCGGGUGCGCCCGCCGAGGCGGAGAUCAUGAUGUCCGUGAGGAUUUUUAGAAUACAUCUGCUGAUCUGCUUUCUGGCUCCACUCGUCAUUUCAGCCCUAGCUGAGGAACGUGCAGGAGAGAGUCAGCAUGCAAACAUUCGCCUUGAUAAGAACUUGGUACAAGAUAAAGACCACAUCAUGGAACAUUUGGAAGGUGUUAUCGAGAAACCAGAAUCUGAGAUGUCUCCGCAAGAGUUGCAGCUUCAUUACUUCAAAAUGCAUGAUUACGAUGGCAAUAAUUUGCUAGAUGGGUUAGAGCUUGCUACUGCUAUAUCGCAUGUCCACAAAGAGGAAGGCGGUGAGCAUACCCAGGCAAUGAAAGAAGAAGAACUGAUUAGCCUAAUAGAUGAUGUCUUAAGAGAUGACGAUAAGAACAAUGAUGGAUACAUUGACUAUGCAGAAUUUGCAAAAUCACUGGAAUAAAGUUUUGCAGGGGGCUUGUUUCUCCUUCUAACCACAUGGAAAUGUGAACCAGUAUAAUGUGAUUCAUUACUGUCUCAUAUCACCCUCUGUGCUGUGAGAAGGAGAGGUGUACCAGUUCCAGCUAAAUUUAUUUGGAAGUUGUAUGUGUUAAGAGGCUGGCUAACUCUGAGCAAGGGCCAUGUUUAGUCAAACAUAGCAACACAUUUGAAUCUUGAAGAUUGGAAGCAUCAACAGUACUCACAUAGGGUACAGCUGGCAAACUGUUAAGUAGCUGUUUAGGAAUACUAAAUACAUUGCAUACAAUCUAAAUUUCAGUUUUUCUGUCAUUGGAUUAUACAGUACUUGUUUGCUUACAUCUUCUAUUUAAACUUAAAAAACACCUAGAAAGCAAGAAAAGAUUACUGCAUAUAGUUGUGUUUCAAGGGUAAAUGUCCUUAACUUCCCGUCAAUUGCAAAGGAAAUUUGCAAUUACAAGUGCUUGAAACAGCAAUUUUAGAGGAAAAGUGUUUGAAUGUGGCUUAUGUUUGUGGUCCACAUGAUACCAUAUGGGUUUUAACACAGUCUUUGAAGAAAUUGAGUAUUUUUAAAUAUAUGUACUUCCUAGCACACCCUUACAUUUUACGUAGAAAUAUAUAUACACAUGGUUUUCAAUUUCUUCUAGUUCUUCACAGAUUUUAUAUCUUAAUUUACUGAUUUUUUUUCCUCUACCUUCCAUGGUGUUUUCUUAAGAAAAUGAAAGUAUUUUUGUGACAUUUAUAUGUUGUAUAGCAUUUACAAGAGUAGCUUCUGCUGUCUUGUUUUGAAGGUCACAUUAACAGUAAACCAGCUCAAUAUAAAAGCUUCUGUUCAAUUUGGUUUUCACAGUAUUAGCCAGCAGGAUAAUCUAAGUGAGCAAGUAAUGCUGCCUUGUUAAGGUUUAAGUUCAUAUUCCUUGGCACUUAAAUUGCGGUAUUACUUUCAGGAAGUAUUUCAGAACUAACAGUUUCAAGAUACUUGAGUGUGUGCAAGUUAACGUGGUUCUAGGAAUGUUUUUACUGUCUUGACUCAAUAUGUCAUAAGUCAAGCAGUUUAAAGAUAUUAGAGAAGUGAUGUAUCACUGUGUUAUUGAUGUUUGGUGACUAAAACAUAACUGAAAUCUUAAAUUGUAUUCAAUCAUUAUCCAUUAAUACAGAAUCUAAAUGUUAGUGUAUUUCUGUAAAAUGUAUAAAGAGCUAUUUUCUGUACAAAGUUAUUCUUAUACAAGAAAAACACAUUUGUAAAAGAAAUUAUUUCCUCUGUUUAAAUGUUUGUGCAAUGAA